GUUAACAAUUAUACUGAAUAAUUAUGCCUAAAUUUAUGCUCAAAUCAUCAUCAAUAGCUCAAGUUUUCUGCAAAACUGUUGUGUGGCUGUCAUGCAUUUAUAAGAUACCGUAGUAUAACUGAUCUAGAUAAUCUACCCGGCAUCUUAGUACUAGGUUGAUCUAGGUUCUGAGCAAGAUGGCUUUAAAGGACCCAGAAAAGUUUGCAGGUACCAGGAGAUUGCGAGUACAGCGAUAUAGCUCUCUUGCCCCCCGAUUCUGAGAGAGUACUACAGGAAGGUUUGUUUCUGGGACAGCUACCUAACAUGACAGAUUGGACAACGUACUAUCUCCAAGUCACCACCACCCACCUACACAUCCUGGACAAAUAUAACAGACAGAAUAUACGAAGUUUAAAACUUGACCUGAGCUCAAACUUAGUGUGGGAGGAUGCAAAAAACAAAGAGGAUCUUCACUUUUUCGUCCUCAGAUUUGGGGAUGGAAAGUACACAUUUAGGUGUGACAGUCUUGAAGACAAAAGCUCUUGGGUAUCUCAGCUACAGAGUAUUAUUCACAGAAAAGAAGUCAAGGGAGGCACUGACACUGUGGAAGCUUCUUCCAGUUACGAUGUGACUGAUUAUGAAGAAUGCAAGUGGUUCUGGGGGAAAGCCAGUAGACAAGAGGCUGAGAGGAGGCUACUCUCUGAGGGGAAAGUCGGCAACUUCAUAGUACGCAUCAAUGCAAGUGGACAUUACGUCAUGACUUAUUGGCGUGAGGACGGCAUCCACCAUCACAAGAUACUCAACCACGGAACCAUCUUUCGCUUUGAGAAAUCAUCAUUCAAGUUAGAGGGUGAGAGUCUGAUUGAUCUAUUAGACGCUUACAUGAUGAAAAGAUCAAGCCUAAUGGAACCGUUUGGAGGGGCACUCUUUGGGAUGCACAACUACGCCUGGACUCCACCUUCAUUUGAUAUGCAUUUGCUGGAGGAACGUCUAAAGGAGCACAAGAGAUUACAAGAAAAAGCUGCCAGAGCAGGUCCACUACCUCAUCAAAACGACCUCCUGCAUAAGAGCAAUAGCAGUCGAGAGGACAGUUGGUCUAGCUCAACAGAACUCUCUACUAAGACAAGCACUAAUACCCUACCUAAGCCUUGGAAGAAGCCGUUAACAGAAGACAGGUAUGGACUGAUUAACCUGAUUCAGACAGAGAAGGACUAUCUGAGAAGUCUUGAACGACUGAUCAAUGGCUACCUGAAAGAAAUGCAAAGUCCCAAUCUACCGGACUUACUCAAGGGAAAUGAGAAAAGCAUUUUCGGGAAUAUACAGAAAGUGUACGAGUUCAGCAAGAUGUUCCUUGGUCUGUUGGAAGAGAGCAGUGGCUCUGUGGAGAAAACUGCCAGCUGUUUUAUAGAACAGGCCUAUCAGUUAGAGCCGGUGUACACAGCAUACUGUGCGAACGUGCCAAGGUCAAGGUCCACUAUUAAUAACUACCAAAGGAGCGGAGGAACUUUUUUUCUGGAAGUGCAAACCAAGCUCAGGGAACCAUCUGACAUAUAUUCCAUCCUUCUGAUGCCCAUGGAGAGAUUCCUUAGUUACUCUGAUAUACUCAGUACAAUGCAAAAAGGAGCAAAGACGGCUCAACUGGACACUCCUAUUCUGACAAAGGCUCACUUGCUAAUGGUGGACAUCUCUAAAAGAGCUAAUAACACCCUUAAUACAAUCUGUGGCUAUGAAGGAACUAUUCACUCUGAACAGCUGAUAGAACACGAUCUUUUCAACGUUAAACUAUUGCACUCUCUAACAACAAAGCAGUAUUACGUGUUCCUACAAGAGAAGAAAAUCAGCUUCACAGAACCACCAAUUAAUGCUGAUGGAUUUAAAUUUGCACUAGAAAUGCAAAACGUGUGGCUGAGAGAGAACUCCGUAGAGACUCAGAAGGUUGGCGUUGCCGAUUAUCCUAUUGAUCCACUUGGUUUUGCCCUGGGCACAGGAUCAGUGGAAUCCCAAGAAUCGUUCUACGUCUUAAUGGCAACCUCCGCUGAGAAGAAAGAACAAUGGGUGCAGAGUAUCAAGGGGAUUCUUAAAAAGCAAUCUGAGUUGCUAAAAGAAGGUAAAGCGGAAGAAGAAGAGUACUUAAAGAAACUAGACAAGCUUAUGACUUCCAAAGAGAAGAUCAAUCUUCAGUAUCUGAAAAUGUAUUUCAUAGGUCCAUCCGGUCUCGGCAAAACAACCACUCGGAAACGUCUAAUGGGAUUGUUCACAAACCUCGAAUCUUUGCCAGAGGAGAAGCGUGAGAGAUGCAGCACCUACCUUGCCGAGUGCACUCAAGUUUUGGCCGUGGUUGGGGAUUCUCCCCUUAACUUAUUCCUCAAGAUCUCUGAGACCCUUGACGAAGAAGCUCAACUCAUAUUUUUGUACUUGUAUGGAAGCAAAGUGAGCGAACUAGCUAAAAAACCCGCCACAAAAGAGCACCAUAAUCCAUCACCUUCUGCUCAGUUAAAUAAAACACCUGUACCCCCAAAUCCGAGAGCACAAACCACGCCAAUAGACACUAAAGUGGAACAGAUGGAAGCCAGAACUGAAAUAAUUAGCAAGAAAGAGGAGGUUCAAGAGGAGGUGGUGGAGGAGGAGGAGGAGGAAGGGGAAGUAAAAGAGAAGGAAUUUCAAAUCCUUACAGUUGAUGUUGAUCAAGUCAUUAGCAGGCUGCGGUCGAUUGUAGGCUCAGGAAAGUACGUCGAGCAGCUGCUAGGCAAAGUGCUGAUCAAUAUUGUCGACAUUGGAGGCCAGCCCGGCUUCAUAGAGAUGUUUCCAUUCCUGAGCAAAGGCCCAGGGAUUUUCUUGGCCUUUUUCCCCUUGGACAAAGAUCUCGAUGACCCUUGUGAGGUAUCGUACGAACGUGAUGGAGAGAAGAUUACUCCGUACAAAUCAUCGUACACCAUUCGACAAACUGUCUCACAAAUCCUCUCUGCUAUCAACCACUACGACACUGUCGAUUCAGACAUAAACCAAGAGCUCUCUCUGAAAAUCGGCAAGCUUGGUUUGGCUAAACCAGUUGCUUCACUCAUCGGCACUUUCAAAGACAAGCUGGAAACACAAGUCAAAACCGAAAUCCUCUUUGAAAAGCUAGCUACUGAGAAUGUGAGAACUGACAAAAGUGUCAUCGAAGAAGCUAUCAAGCAUGCUUUGAACGAAGACCCACAGACUGAGGAUGCCACAAGUAGCCUUCAGAAAGCUGUCAAAGAGCACCUUGUAAGUGAUUCAGAAAAUUUCAGAGAGGAAGUUAAACAACGCUUGGAACAGAAGCUACGAGAGAAGAACGAAGCACUUGGAACAAUUGCCUGCAACUUCGAGCAUUUGCUCUCCGCUCCAGCAGAUGAACAACACUUUAUAGCUGUUGACAAUUUCGCCGGCCUAGACGAUGACAUCAACCCACUUAGAGAGCAUCUUCAAGACAUGUUUCAGAGCUUCUUCAGUGAAGCCAAACUACCGAUUCAUCCAUCUCAGCUUCUUCUCGGAGUUGUGCUGAGAAAGGAGUAUGAUAUCGUUUCAAUGGAGGACUGCAUUCGAAUCGGCCAGGCACUAAACAUGUCAGAAGAGGAUGUGCGAUUCACCGUGUGGUACUUGGAUCGUUAUGUGGGGGCAUUGAUAUACAAUCCCAACAUCAAAGACAAGUGGUUCAAGGGCUAUGUCAUCUGCAGUCCACAGAUUGUUUUUGACAGUAUCAGCAUUCUUGUUGUCGAGUCACUGCUGGAGGUUCAUUCCCAAUCAAAAAGUUUGCGUCGCAUUCGAUUCACGAAAGCUGAGAGGAGGAACUGGACAGAGAAGGGACAGUUUUCAAUGGGAACUAUCGAGCGAUGCCAUUCCGAGGAGAGCAAGAAGAAAGUACAAGAAGGCAAACUGAUUCCUGUUGACAAGCUUCUUAAGUUGCUUGAGCAUUCCCAUCUACUGGCACCGAUCACAGUGAGGAAGCCAGGAAGCGAAGUGGUGGAAACCCUGUACUUCAUUCCCGCCAUCUUGGAGUGUGCUUCACCUGAGGAGCUGCAAACACCAACCCCUGCUGAUAUAGACACUCCGUCUCCUAUCAAGAUCACGUUCGAGCCUCGCUACGUUCCGAUUGGUUUGUUUUGUGCGAUGAUUAGCGAGUUGGUCUCAAGAGGAAACAACGGAAUUCUUGGUAUGACUUGGAGGCUAAUAGAAUCUCGCGUGAAGAGGAAUCUUGUUUCAUUUCAUGUCGAUUCUGUGGUCCAUCAAGUCACUUUGGUUGCUCAUGUCGACUGCAUUGAAAUUCAAGUGGCAAGAAAAGACAGAUCGAUUGACCUCAGCAAUCUUUGCUCUUAUGCACUGUUGGCAGUUCUCUUUGUGAUGAAACUGAUCAGCUCCUUGUCCUGUCACAUCAUCGCCUUUGAUUGCCAGUGUGGUCGUCAUGGAACCAAGAAUGCAGACAAAUUGUGCCGCCUCUCCCCUGGAGUGAGUACCUGCUUCACCUGUGAACACGGCCGGGUCUCUUUGACAGCCUCUCAAGAGCACUGGUUUGCCACGGAAGUCCAUCUGGGCCAGAGUAUCAGCCUCAGAGCUCUUCCCUAUGGUGAACCGGAUCCAAACCUCGAGUUUAAGUGGUCGAAGAAUGGUUCCCUCAAAGCAGAAGAGAAUGAGUUGAAGAUGGAGAAGGUUUCUCCAGAUGACUGUGCUGGAUACUACAACUGCAAGAUACUGAGGAAUGGAAAGGACUUCUUCAGCGUGCACCACUGUUUGAAACUCGCCGGUGGUGAUUCUGCAAACUCUGCGGAUGUUACACAUACUUCUUCUAAAGAUUGUCUGAGCGUGGAUUCACACUUGCAAGUAGUGAGACAUGCUGUCUGGGAAGUUAGGUCUGAUUGGUUUGACCUAGGUGUAGAGUUGGACAUCUCCCACGGCACAUUGAUGGAGAUAAAAGCAGACCACAAAGAAGUCAACCAAUGCUUCACUGCGAUGUUGCAAUGCUGGCUCUCCCAAACAUCCCCCCCACCAACCUGGGCCACUCUUAUUGAGGCCCUCAACUCAACAGUGAUCGGCCGACAAGACAUAGCAAACAAUAUCGGGCCAGAUCUCAGAGGCCACUUUGAAAGCACUGACAAAUCCAGCGUGGAUCAGCAGCUGGGAGUUGAUGAUCUGAAGCAAAUUAGGAGUGCUACAUUCGCCUUGAAAGUCCAUUGGUUUGAUCUUGGAGUGGAACUGGAUGUCACACUGGCAAAACUCCAGGAGAUAAAGAAUGACCAUCAUGAUACAAGGGGCCGCUUCACAGCAUUGCUGAUUCACUGGUUGGAGAGGAAAACCCCACUCCCUACCUGGUCAGCUCUACUUACAGCUGUUCGAUCACCUCCAGUAGAUCACAAUGAUCUUGCUGAUGACAUUGAAGCAAUGCUAUCAGAUAAUAAUAUCUAGCUAAACUCAUGCAGUCCAGCAGUACGCUGCAAUAAUUUAACGAAUAAUUUUACUUAACAAUGUGUAGCUUGCUUGAUGAUUUGACAUGAUUAAUCUUAUGCCAUAUGGGGCCCCAUUUUCAUUGUGAUGCCAGUGAUGACAGUGAUACCAGUAUAAUUAUAGGCCCUGAUAAAUUAUGCUUUUUUUCUACCAUUAUUCAUCUUAAAAAAUGUGCCUAUUAAUCUCAUAAAAAGUCCCUGCGAUUAUUCUCAUAUAAAAAUCAGAUUACACUGU